GGAGGCUGUCCAUCUGGCUGCCACCGCCCCAGGAACACAUAUCCAAGAGUUCGACAUGCUCUCGGAUCGUGGUCGUCGAGGCUCGGGAGGCACCGCGGCCUCGGCUGCCGAUGCUUCUGCCCGAACGCUCGUUUCUCGCGGUCCUCGAUCUCGCCCACACACCCAUUAGUCACGAUCCGUCCAAGACCAACUGUCCAGGGAGUUGUUAAGUCAUGGAUCAACCAAAGAAUAGACCAAGUAGGCCGCGAUUUCGUACCUAUAGCAAUUUUGCUCGAGUUCUAGUUUUUGAUCAACCAGAAACCGAACAAGUUGCUAACAAAAUGGAAGCUGAUGUACCUUGUAAACUAAUAUCGACAGCAAAAGUUGAAAGUAAGGAAGCUCCAGUUCGCCCAGUAAGUUCUGAGCUCUCAAACUUGGUACGUAUGCGUAAUUCCGUUAUAGGAAAAUCAGCACCAUCUCUUUCAAUUCAUAUGCGAGAUUUAAACGUGUCACGGCGAGCAGCUAAAGCAUCCCAUCGAAAAUCUUUUAUUUCAACGACAUCUCCAACUCUUCCACGAUGCCACUCUCCCUUGUCAGCAUUCGUCCCAAUUGUAGGCAGUCCUUUGGAAAGUCCUAGGAUGUCAUCCAGUCCACACUUUGCUUUCGUUCCAAUAAAAAGAAUCGGCGGGGCUCCGACCAGUUCAGGAGAUGGAAGGCGUUGGUCAGUAGCCAGUUUACCUUCUAGUGGAUACGGUACCACUCCUGGAUCCAGUAAUGUUUCGUCUCAAUGUUCAAGCCAGGAGCGUCUUCAUCAGCUUCCGAAUAUUCCGACGAAGGAUGAGUUACGAAUGCUGUCCUGUCAUUUUUCUAAACCUGGCACACCCUGUUCAUCGGUUCAUCCUGGCUUUCCUGGCAGCAACGUAUCUCAUGCUGUCGACGAAGAGACUGGACGCAAAUCUCCGUUACAUCGACCCCGCUCUCGCAGUCUCAGUAGUCCUAGCCGAUCGCCUAUCCUCGAUAGUGAGAUCGUCAUGAUGAAUACCUUAUACAAAGAGCGUUUUCCCAAGGCAACGCAACAAAUGGAAGAACGCUUAACAAACUUUAUCAAUGAAAACAAGGAUAUUGACGAAUACGAAGCAGUGGCUCAAAUGACUCAAGAUUCCUUACCAAUAUUGCGAUUUGUUCAUCAUCAAGUUAUCGAAAUGGCUCGUGAUUGCUUAAAAAAGUCAGAAGAGAAACUAAUUACAACUAGAUACUUUUAUGAAAUGAGUGAAAAUCUGGAACAUCUUUUAAUAGAGACCAAAGAUAAAUCACUAGAAGCAGCAACGCGAUUGACAGGCCUUAUAAAAAAGCUUCUUUUGAUAAUUUCACGCCCCGCUCGCUUACUUGAGUGCCUCGAGUUUGAUCCAGAGGAAUUUUAUCAUCUUCUUGAGCAAGCUGAAGGCCAAGCAAAAAUAGCUAUUGGAAUAGAAAAAGAUAUUCCGCAGUAUAUAAUAAAUAAAUUAUCCUUAAAUCGUGAUCCAAUUUCAGAAUUGCAAGAAGAAAUGAAUAAGAUUGAAGAUUCAGUAAGUUCUAGCAUUCACAACCUCCAUUUAGCCACAUCAAGUCCUAAUAAACAAGAUGAAGAGAAAUUACAGCAGCGAGUUCCGUGUGAAAGUGAUUAUGAGAUAAUGAAAUUAAUUAGUAAUGGUGCAUAUGGAGCUGUUUACUUAGUUAAAGAAAAAUUAACAAGGCAGCGAUUUGCUAUGAAAAAAAUUAAUAAGAAUAAUUUAAUGCUCCGAAAUCAAGUUGAACAAGUAUUCGCUGAACGUGAUAUUAUGAGCUUUACAGACAAUCCAUUUGUAGUAUCCAUGUAUUGUAGCUUUGAAACAAAAAAACACUUAUGCUUAGUGAUGGAAUAUGUAGAAGGUGGAGAUUGUGCAAAUCUAUUAAAAAAUAUUGGUCCAUUACCUCCUGAUAUGGCAAGAUUUUAUUUUGCUGAAACUGUUCUUGCUGUAGAGUAUCUUCAUAGCUACGGAAUCGUUCAUCGCGACUUAAAACCUGAUAAUUUACUUAUUACAGCAUUGGGUCAUAUUAAACUCACGGACUUUGGCUUAAGUAAGAUGGGUCUGAUGUCACUUGCUACAAACUUAUAUGAAGGAUAUAUUGAAAAGGAUACCAGACAAUUUUCCGACAAACAAGUUUUCGGUACACCUGAAUAUAUUGCUCCUGAAGUUAUUCUACGUCAAGGUUAUGGCAAACCAGUGGAUUGGUGGUCAAUGGGAAUCAUAUUAUAUGAAUUUCUUAUUGGUUGCGUUCCAUUUUUUGGAGAAACGCCUGAAGAACUGUUUGCGCACACUGUAAAUGAUGACAUUGAAUGGCCAGAUGAAGAAGACUGGUCUGUUCAACCAGAAGCAAAAAGUGUGAUAGCAGCAUUAUUGCAACAAAGUCCUCGAGAACGAUUAGGAACAGGAGGAUCGCAUGAAGUGAAAGAUCACCCUUAUUUUUAUGGAGUGAAUUGGAAUAGUCUUCUUAGACAAAAAGCUGAAUUUGUCCCUCAAUUAGCAAACGAUGAAGAUACUAGCUAUUUUGAUACGCGUAUGGACCGAUAUAAUCACGAUUUAGGAGAUGAUACCGACGAUACCGAUGAUUCUCCAUUAUUUGGUUCCUUCUCUUCGUAUUCCCCCCAGUCUCGUAAGAUUUCUCAAUCGCGUCCGCCAAAUUUGAAUGUAGAUAUAGAAACAGAUCCGUUAAAGAAGCAAUUAUUCAGAUCAGAACUUGAAAGAACUGUGUCUCAAUUAUCCUUAAAUUCAACUGUCUUAAUGGCGCAAACUGUAUCCAAAUUGGACGAUUCAGUGGAAAAAAUUGCUGACCAUAGUAAUAAGAGCUCCUUCAACGUCAGUAGUACGAUUGUCAGUAUAACACCGCCAGGUAACACGAAAAUAUUCGAGCUAAAUAAAUCUACUAGUUCAGGAACAUCAGAUAAUUCAGAUCCACUAGUAGUAGUGAAGAAAGAUCUUCCAGGAGCUAAAUCAAAUUCUGGAAUUUAUUAUAGUACGCCAGACAGCUCGCAAACUGAAUCUGAUGAUAUUAGUCCACAGAUUCAAAGGAAGCGGCACGGCCAUUCACGUGAAAAGCUUCCCAGGUUCAGUAUUUCCUUCGAUGAUGACACUAACAUCAUGCUUGAUUUAACAGUAGCAAAUAGAGAAAUUGCUGAGGAUAAGCACAAUUCUAGUACAGACUCCUUUGAGUCAUUCACUGCCUUAUCUAUAUUACCAUCAGGCAAACAAAAAUCACGCUCUGUUAUUAAAUCUGCGUCUACCAGUGGUCUCUCAUUGGUUAUACCUACUGGUGACUUUUCGUUCGAUCCAUCUACGUCCUCGAGCCAGGCGAUCGAAUCUCCAGGUGGUUCAUCCACAGCUUCAUCUCGAGAUACAUCACCGUGUCGAGAGUUAAGCCCUUUAGUAACGAGCUUAAAACCUCCUAUAAUUAUAAGAAGGGGUCCAUGUGGAUUUGGAUUUACGGUGCAUACAAUAAGGGUGUAUUAUGGGGAUAGUGAUUUUUACACGAUGCAUCACCUGGUUAUGGCUGUUGACCAAUCCAGUCCUGCAUUUGAAGCUGGUUUAAGACCCGGCGACCUAAUAACUCACAUAAAUGGCGAGGCAGUUCAAGGCUUAUAUCACACUCAAGUGCUUCAGUUGAUGCUCAGUGGUGGAGAUCAUGUAACGCUCCGGAGUACACCGCUAGAAAACACGAGUAUUAAAACAGGAGGUCGUAAGCGUGAACCGGCUCAAAGUAAAAUGGCAAGGCGUACACUGCACCAACGUCAGAGAAAACCGAAACGAGAUCAUACUGACAAGAAACGCAAGACUUCACUCUUUCGAAAAAUAAGUUCGAAAAGAGCUAGCGUUGAAAUGCAACAGCCAUUAAGUAUCAGUUGUCCUUUGUCAGCACCCAUUCUACCCAGUGACAGUAAACCACCUCUUAUGAUGGCAGCAGGCAUAUGUUCUCCAUCUUUGAUAACUCCAACUCGCUCCUUCCAGUCAUUUGCUCGCUCAGUUCAACAGCAGCAACAGCAACAACAGCAACUAGAAAGUCCAUCUCACUUCAGUCCGUCCCCACCUAUGAACCGUCCUAGCUCUGAAACUUAUCAUUCGACUGGUAUCGUGAGUCCAUGUUCAAGCUCUAAUUCAUCGUCAUCCAACUCGAGUGGCUCCCUUGGAGGAGGUGGCGGCACCAGUGGUAAUGGUACAGGAAGCAGUAGCAAUGGCAGUGGCAACAAUUUGGGCAGUCAGGCCCACUAUCAGAGGCCGAGCACGUUACAUGGACUCAAGCACAAGUUGCAUACCGCUGCAAAAAAUAUCCACUCGCCGAAUCGAAGGAAAUCAGUCGGACACAUUCCGCUCUCACCACUUGCAAGGACACCUAGUCCUUCGCCGAUCCCAGCGAGUCCAACGCGUAGUCCUAGCCCGCUUGCAUUCCCUACUGGACAUCAGCCGGGCAGUUCCAAUACCACCCAGUCUUAUAGUCCAGGCGCCUCCUUGUCAACACCCAAUAGCCAGAAAAAGACGUACGGGCGACCCAAAUCAGCAGAACCGGGCUCUCCCUUGCUUCGACGUGCCCUCAGUCCCGAUAGACUCCACCCACGUUCAGCCGAGAUCAAGACCUCAAUUUCGCCAUUGGCAAACAACGUAGUGAAAGUAACGCCACGAAUGUCUAUUGCCCAAAGCACAUAUCCAGAGAGUUCGGACGAUGGCGGUGACGGCAAAGAAGAAGCACCUAAACUCGAUAAGAAGCCUCCAAUAGAACAACAGAAGAGCCUUGGAGCUGAUUACGCCAAACUCGGCCACGGCAUCUCUAUUAAUAUCGCAAGUGUUGCCAUGAGCUUGCCUAACUCGAGCCAGCUACCGAGGAUUGCUGAGGAGAAAGACUCGCCAACUAGCAGCAAAAGUGAAGAGGGCUCGAUUAAGGAGUUGAUCGAAGCUACCAAUGGUAAAACUGAGCUCGUCAACAAACUCGUCAAACAGAUCCAGGAUGAAUCGCUCUGCGAUAGUUACGAAAUCCAUCGGAAACUCGAAGCUGCGAGACCAUAUGCACCCGAGACUUCGGAUGUUACGAGUUUAUCAAGAUCCGAAAUUCAUAACUCUUCCUUGGAUAUAAAACAUAAUUAGCUACACAAACCUCAUAGAAUUCAUUUUUAUUAAUGAC